AUGAUAGUGAUUGAAUACAGCUAUUGCAUCUGGCUGUGUAAAGAAUCAACCAUCAGCUUUUUGUUUAUGUGGUAUAGCAUUCAGAAAUGUUGAUAUGGUAGAAUAAGAAAGAAUGGUAGCUAAUUGGCAGAUUGUAUUGUGCGUAUGAGGUGGUGUCGUGGACAGGUGUGUUACUGGAGAUGUACAUUUCAGAAUUUGCUUGGUGCUUGUUCAUGAGCAUUCUGAAUCAAAGCAUUAGGUGAGAGUUUUUCUGAUUUUACAGCUACCUAGCUUAGUGGUUGCUUACGGGAGGCAUCAAGCUGCAGGAUGCAGUACUGCUAGCUUGUCACAUACAAGGAGCCGAGGCCACUCUUGGCUACAUAAGUUCUACCAGGCUGUGUGCUGGUAGUGCUCCCUAGGCAGAAUUCAGUUAAAAGUCCAAAUAGAUGGUGAGCUGGCAUUCCAGCGUGCUGUACAUAGAAUUGCGGGCGUGGGCAGGUAUGCAAGCAGGGUAGGUACCUCUUGGUAUUCCAACCCAAACACCAAGCUCAGAAUAAAGGUGUUAUUCUAAUGCAAGGACUCUGGGAAGCACUUGCUGACAGAAUGCCUCAUGGUGAUCCUAAAUACUACUGCAAAAGAGAGUAUUUGAAGUAGGAAGGCAGAAACUUGUAAAGAACUAAAUGAUCCCAUGAAUGAAUUAAUCUGUCCCACCUUAAGUGAUCACAGGAUAUUUAAUGCCUUCAGGCAUUAAAAAAGCUCAGAUUAUAGCAUGAAAAACGGAUAAUGUAGGAGGCUUUUUUGUAGCUGUUUUCGUUUCUGUUCACCUGUGCUUAUUUGAAGGAGCUGCAGUACUAGAAGUUCAUUUUCUGUACAGUGCCCAAAGGAUUUUCUUGUUAACAGCACUGAAGGGGGAACAUAAGUAAAAUAACAAAAGGUCUCUAAUUAUAUGAUAAAAAAGAUAGUAUGUAGAGAAAGAAGGAACAUACUUUAUAAAACCUUGUGUUUCAGUUGUCCCAUUAAGUAGGCAGGAAGUAGAAGUAGCAAUAGUCAUUGCUGUGUAUUUCACUCAGUCUUCAUUGUUACAUUGUUAUUAUUUUUAGAGAAUAACUUACCUAAUUAGGCUAUAGCUUGGCACUAAUGCUGGAAGAGCGUGUUUCUCUCUGUAGGCCCCUUACAGAAAGGAUGCCUGAACAGUUACUCACUGUGAUUGUCAGCAAAAUUUCUCAUUGUGACUUCUUAAGUUCUUCCUGGGUGGAAAAAGCUUUUGAUUUAAGGAGAAAUCCUGACUAUUGUAUCUUCUAAUGGAACCUGGGAAAUUAAUUACUAUGUCUUACAAAAUGUCAGGGGGCAGUGUAAGCCGUGCUUAUGGCGACUCCUUAGGUAUUCUUGUGAUAAUUAAAAUAAUUAAUUAAUAUAAUGUUCUCAACAGGGAAGAAAGGUUUUAUACUUUGCUUUUAAAUCUAGCAUAUACACACUCUACCACUUCCAAUGACCAGAGGUUUUGAAAAACUUAAUGGAAGAUAAACCUGUGGCUAGUCUGAGGUACUGCUGUUCUGUACGUUCUAUGAUGUAAUCACCAUGGUCACACAAAUAGUGUGUGGUCCUACUCAGUGCACUGCAAGUGAUGUAAGGUGUGACCCCACUGUGCUGGCUCAAACACUGCAAUGGCAGCACAGCCGGGCAUGGUGACUCCUUGUACUGUUAGCUCUGCAAGAGGACUUCAAGCUGUGCUGAAUUUGGUUUUUGUCAAUAGUGAUAAAGUUUGUUUGCUGUUGUUAUUCAGAGUGACUGUGACUGCUGAGUUUGUAUGAUGAUUUGUCAUAUUCACAGCUAUUUCCUGAGCAUAAUAAAAUUAAAGCUGCCCACUAAAACAUACUGCUACUCCCUAAGAAGCAACUUUACUUAUGUAUGUUUUGAAUGAAAUUGGUUUCAGCGUUGUUCUAAUUCAACCUAUUAUACCCCUCUUGCCUUAGGAUUUUUUCUGCUAUCAAAUCCCUCAACUUAGGGCAUGGAUCUACAAGAUGUUGUCUGGAAGAGUAAAUUAACAAAGCGAGUGCUUUUUAAAGAAAGAUAGGGAGAAAAGGGUAAUUAAUAAAAGACUAGCUUUAUUCCAUGUAGAGAUCACCAACAACUUAUUCCUUCAGCUGUGAAGAGAAUUGAUUCUGUAACCUUGUGGCUCCCAGUGUUCCAGAAACUUAAAUCAGUCCUUAGAGAUUUGGUGAUAAAUCAGAUUCUUCUUCUCAAUGCCCUUUCACCUCUGUUGGUUUUGAAAUAUUAAUUACAGGUAUGCAAAAUCCAUGGUUGUGGUGAAAUGUCAUCUUUCAUCCCUAUUACUAUUCCAAGGAGAUUAGAAAAAAAUCUAAGCAAAUCCCAGAUACAUUGAAGGAAUCUGGUCAAAUCUAGCGCAGUGAGAAAGAACAGGAAGGAGCGUUUUUUCAAGCUGCGCUAAUCAGUCUUGAAGUUUAUUACGAUCCUGAUAAACAAGGAUAAUUUCAUAACAACUGAAAGAAAUCAAACAGUCUGAAACUUGAUACCAUUCUCUCUGCAGAGUAUUAGAAAAUCUUAAAGAUUAAAAUUUGAACUACAUGUUGUAAAAGAAAUGUGCAGGAAUCAGCUUCUCUGCAUUGCUGAGACACUGGAUACUGGUUUCUUUAUAACAAGGAAAAUCUAAAUUCCUAUAACACAGAGGAUGGGGAAGGAUUAUUAUUCUAUUCUGGGAAUUGAAAAAGGGGCUUCUGAAGAGGAUAUCAAAAAGGCUUACAGAAAACAAGCGCUUAAAUGGCAUCCGGAUAAGAACAAGUCUGCUCAUGCAGAAGAAAAAUUCAAGGAGAUCGCAGAAGCUUAUGAAGUGCUGAGUGAUCCCAAAAAGAGAGACAUUUAUGAUCAGUUUGGGGAAGAAGGUCUGAAAGGAGGUGCUGGAGGACCUGAUGGACAGGGUGGUACCUUCCGGUAUUCCUUCCAUGGUGACCCACAUGCUACGUUCGCAGCUUUCUUUGGUGGCACAAAUCCUUUUGAGAUCUUCUUUGGAAGGAGGAUGCCUGGUGGUAGAGACACUGAAGACAUGGAGGUGGAUGGUGAUCCGUUUGGAUCGUUCACUAGUUUCAGUAUGAAUGGUUUUCCAAGAGAAAGGAAUACAGUAGGUAGCCAGUUACGUCGUAAACAAGAUCCCCCUGUAAUUCAUGAGCUUAAGGUGUCAUUGGAAGAGAUAUAUCAUGGCUGCACAAAAAGGAUGAGGAUUUCACGGAAAAGGCUGAACCCAGAUGGUAGAAGUGUCCGAACAGAAGACAAAAUUCUCACUAUUGAUAAAAGAGGAUGGAAAGAAGGCACUAAAAUCACUUUUCCAAAAGAAGGUGAUGAAACACCCAACACAAUUCCAGCUGACAUUGUUUUUAUCAUAAAAGAUAAACCUCACUCUCAUUUCAAGAGAGAUGGAUCAAAUAUUGUCUAUCCUGUUAAGAUCAGCUUAAGGGAGGCAUUGUGUGGCAGCUCUAUCAAUGUGCCAACAAUAGAAGGAAGAACCAUACCCAUGACAGUAAAUGAAGUUGUAAAGCCUGGGAUGAGAAGAAGAAUUAUAGGAUACGGUUUGCCAUUUCCCAAAAAUCCUGACCAACGUGGAGACUUAAUUAUAGAGUUUGAAGUAAUUUUCCCAGAUAACAUUUCUCCAGCAUCAAAAGAAGUACUUAGGCGAAAUCUUCCAGUUUCAUAAAAUGAGGACUAUGUCAACUGUUUAAGCAGGACACUGGAAAUGCAGAAGACUGGCAAGUCUGUGCUUUAAAAGUGCAAUGUGUAACAACUAGUGGAAUAUUUGUUUUUUGUUUGUUUGUGGGUUGGGUGGGGGGAAAUAUUGUAAUGCUGCAUGAGAAGAAAAGAGUUAAGUACAAGUCAUAUGGAUGACUUCUGCAGUAUAAUUUACAGGGAAAACCACUCAUAUUUUAUAUUAGAUCUUCCUAAUCAGAAAAGCUUAUUCAGUAUUUUGCUUAAUAUAAAGUGUAGUCAGUUUUUACAAAGCCAAUGCAUAUUUCUGAUAAAGUACUCAAGCCACCAAGUACUUUAUUCCUUAUAUCCCUACUCUAUCUAAUGUAAACAGUUUAUACAGAGAUUGGAUGUGGUAGUAGAAAUAUACAUGUGCGAAUACUUUAAAUUACAAAACAGUAAGGAUACUAUUUGGUCUGUUGCUGUCCACUAUACAAAGCAUAGACUAGGAGAAUCAGCUUGGACUGCUAAAUUGCCCCCCACUGAAAUGAAAGUAUUUUCUUUAUUUCAUCAGAAUGUGAGGGAUCUGCAUUAGAAGUCUAGGAAAGAGCAUGUAUCUUGAGGAGAAGGUAGCUGUUUGUUGAGUGGUUCCUCAUGCUUCAGGCAGAACAGCAAGAAAGGAUUGUACAAGUGUGAGCCUGCUGUCAAAUGGAACAGGGAAAUUGGGUGACAAAUAAUGUAGAGAAGGCUGAGGUACUCAGUGGCUUCUUUGCCUCAAUCUUUGCCAGUAAUACAGUCUUUACCAGGAGUCAGCCCCCUGAAACCAGAAGGGAAUCCUGAAACAAGGAAGAGGUAACCUCAGUGGUGAACCAACAUAGAAGUGCGUUUAAACUAGAUAUACAGAAGUCCAUGACACCUGACAGAUUGCAUGCAGAAUUGCUGAGGAUUCUAGCUAAUGCCUUUGCAAGGCCUCUCAAUCAUCUUUUGAUUUGAGAAGGUUUCUAUAGACUGGUAAGAAGCAAAUAUCACUCCUGUCUUCAAGAAAAGCUAGAGAGAAGAUAUGAGGAAUUACCAGCAAGUCAGCCUUCAUGCAGUUCCUGGGAAGGUGAAAAGGAAUAUCCUCCCAGAAAGCAUUUUCAAACAUGUGGAAGACAGUAAUGCGAUUUAAGGUCAGCAUAGAUUUACAGAGGGGAAAAUCAUGGUUGACCAACUUGAUUUCAUUCUACAGUGUGUGUGUGGUGAUUAGCUUGAUGGAUAAUGGAAAAACAGUCUGUGUUCUUUACCUUGACUUUAGUAGGCGAAUUGACAAAGUACGGGAUAGAUAAGUGGACAGUGAGAUGAAUUAAAAAGUGACUGAGUGGGCACAGGGGUUUUGUUAUCAGUGUCACAAAGUCCACUUGGAGGUAAGUCACCAGUGGUGUAUGCAAAUGCUCAAUACCGUGGCCAGUAAUACUCAACAUCUUUGUUAAAGACUUGUAUGAUGGAAUGGAGUGCACACUCAGCAAGUUUGCAUGUCAUACAGAACUGUGAGGAGUGGUCAGUAACACCGUAUUGAUUGUGCUGGCCUUAAGAAGGGCUUUGGUGGUCCACAAAAACCGUACAGAGAAAAAAAACACACAGUUCUGUGAGUAAAAAUCUUGCUCCCUUAAGUAUUACUCAGGUACCAGUACAGUCUUGGAGCUUGCUGUCUGGAAAGCAAUUUUGCUGAGAAAGGGCUUUGAGUUUCUGGCAGACAACAAACUGACCAUGAACUAGCAAUAUGUCCUUGCAGCAAAACAGGCUAAUGGUAUCCUGGGUUGCACUGGGAAGCUUUGCGAGCAGAUUGAGGGAGGUAAUCCUUCCCUACUCCUCACUAGUGAGGCUGCAUCUGUCAUACCAUGUCCUGUUGUAGUCUCCCCAGUAGAAGGAAGACAGUGGCUUGAUGGAACAAGUCUAUGAGAGACUGAGAGAACUAGAACUGUUCAGUCUGGAAUACAGAAAGCUCAGAGGAUUCUUAUAAAUGUGUAUAAGCAUUUGGAAGGAGGGAAUGAGGAGAAGGGAGCCAGACUCUUCUCAGUAUCACCCAGUGUUGGGACAAAAAGCAUGGGGACAACUUAAUACACUUUUUUUUUUUAAUAUUGUGAGGGUGGUCACAGAAAGACUGUGGAGUAUCCAUCCAUAGAGAUGCUCAAAACCAAACUGGACAUAGUCCUGGGCAGCCUGGUCUAGCUGGCCAUGCUUGAGGAGAUUUGGGUGAUCACCAGAGGUUCCUUCUAACCUAGAAGAUUCUGUGUACACUGACUUAGGAACCUUUUUCAGUAGACAGUGUUAAGGACCAUGCUCUGUAAAUGAGGCUUAGCCCAAAGAUGGGGUGGUGCUGAUGUGACAACUUGAAUCCGUAGGGAGAAGGUUCUUGGGUGGAAAGAUGUAUAAAGAACACUCUAAGAAGUGUGCCAUAGAGCAGAUAUUUAAAGAUCAUGUUGACAUCAAGUUCAGACCUUGAAAAUAAUGCAGAUUUUAAUUUAAAGAAAGAAUCCCAGGUCCCAUCUAAGAAGAAGUCUGCUGAAGACAUGAAAUAGGAUAGGGCUUGUCCACAAACUUCUACAUGCUUGCAUUGAGUCUUUUCUGAAUACAAAUAUGACUUACUUAUCUUUAGAGUUAAAAGGUGCAUAGGGAAAAGGAAAGCCCUCUGUAAUAGUCUAGUUUUGUAAUAUUGUAAUAGGGCUGGUUCCCUUCAUUUUGGUGGAAGAAAUGCCUUGCAGAUUUGUUCUUGUUACUUGAGUUUAAAAUAUAAUAGAGUGCUUUAGCAACAGUUUCAGAGAAUGCUUUUCUUCAUAAGAAGAAAAUAUAUAGGAUUUGCUGUUAGCCUUUUGACUGUGGAAACUCAGUAGUUACCUGCUUUGUUAGGUAGCUUAAGAAAUAGCAGUAUUAAUUUCAUAUAAACGCUUUUCUGUGGGAAAGUAAAUAAUAUGGAAGUUGGGAUUCAAUUUACAAUAGCUUUUUAAUGAGCAAAAAAAUUCCAUUUUUAUUACUCAAAGAAAUAGAACUUCUGGGAGAUACUGUUCAAAUAAUUUUUCAACUGCUUAUCUCUUUGUAUGUUGUCAGUUGUAGUCCUACAACUGCAGUAGAUCUACAAGGAAUGAAACAAUUGCUGGAACAGUAUCGCAAAGGACAAACGUAGCUGCUUAAUGUUUCUGCGUAUUGUUAACACUAUAUAUUGUUUGUUGAAAAAGUUCCCAAUAUGUACUGUAUUGCAUUUCUUAUGUGGUUUUUAAGUAAAAAGUGUAAAGUUGUUUUUUCAUUUUCUCUCAUCUUUUGUUAUGUUGGCAGAUGCUGAAAUCUAUAUAACUUAAGAAGUGUAUCAUCCUAAAAUAUCUGUAUGGUACUUUAAAAGUUAAUGGAAUUGAAAUUUUGUAAUGCAGGAUCUUGUAACAGUAGUCUAACUCGUGAAAAAAAAAACAAACCAAACAAAUUAUCUUAUCUCUUGUAACUAUUUUCAGGUAGGAAAAGUAGUGUUCAAUUCAGGAUUUGCAGUAUCCUGUGCAUUUAGAGGCACAUGUACAACAGACUUCUUUUUUUCCUAGUUGUUUUCAUGCUCAAAAUUCAGAACUGUAGAACUGGUAUGAAUUUUUAUUUUUUUUAAUGGAGAGAUAACAAAGCAUGCAUUUCAAAAAAAUAGCACCUGAAAUUACUUCAAAAUAUGAGAGAGGGCAUUAAUCCAAGAUUUGCAAGAAAGAAGCACACUUUUAAUAGUGAAAUAUUAAAAGCUAUGUUUUAAAAACCGCUUGAUUAUUUUAAGUAAAGGCUUUGUGGGAGACAGAGGCAAAUACUCAGUCACCUGCUAUAUCUUUAGCUACUAAAAUACAUGAAAAUAAAUUGACAUUCAUGAAGUUGGGAGGACAGUGAUAUUUUUAAUCUCCUGAGGGUUGUUGAAGUGCCACACACAGCAAAAGCCAUUUGGUUAGUUCAGAGGAGUUCAUUCUUAGACUUUCCGAUGUCAUGAGAAUAUUAGCAUUCCAUUGUUUUAUUCCAGUAUUCCUUGUGUAAUUGAAGACUAUGUAAAGCCUGUUUGUGGUGUGUUGAGGAAGUGCUGUGGUUUGGGGAUGGUUUUGAAUAAUGAUCCAUUUUCUUAUUUAGGGAAGUAGCGUGCUUUGUAGCUGGGGUUGGGUCUCUGCUAUUAUUUUUUUCCCACCUUCAUCUUUUAACUUUGUGGAUGCUUACUCCCAUUCAUUUUUUAUGUAGUGUAAGUAGACUUCAUUUGCGUGUCCUCCUUUAUUAUUCACCACCUACUUUAAAUAUGACCAUCAGUCCAAAUGUUACAAACAACCCUGAAAAUGGGCAACAUGUAUUAUGAUAAUUGGUGAAAUGAGGUUAGCAGUAUUUUGAGUCUCACGUGAUAGUUCUAGUAUUUUUAGUGGGUGCUCAAAAAUUCAGGCACAGGGAGACAUCUCUAAGAGUGAUGCAUAGUACAGUGAAUAAAUAAAGAUCUGAAAAUGGUUGCAUCUUCAAUGCCAAUGAGCCAAAGCAUAUAUGAGGAAAUACUCUAUAGCUGGCUUGGUUGUAAAGACACUGGUUGAGCUGAGCACCUAAAACUCUCAACCUUGCAUAGUUUUGCUUAGAUACUGGAGGAGAGAAUGUCACCUUUUGUCUUUUGGAUAAUCUACCAUUAGUUAUGGAUUAACUUUUUUUUUGUAGGAUCCGUACAAAAGUAAAACCACUGCAUUGGAUGGUGGUGAUGUACUUUGCCAAGAGUGAGUUUUGCUUCUUGCUAAGUGCCACUAUCAUCAUGCUUGUGUAAAACAAAUUUACUUUAUUAAUUACUCAUGCUUUGUGUUAAUAAUAUCUUGAGACAAACUGGCUGACGUACAUUUUGAGGUAAGAGAAAAACAAUAGUAGUUUCCAAAGGCUGUUUUCCUUGGCCUUUACUGAGAUUGUCUGACCUUAUACUUAUCUACGUCCUCUUUUCUUCUUUGAAGCACUCAGUAGGUAUAGGCAAAAUGUUUUAAUUCCAAAAACUUUUAAGUCUUAAGAUGUUUUUGUUACUUCAUAGUGACUUGAUGUUUAUGAAGAUUCUUUUAUUGUGUAAAUACUGAAAGUAGAGGGCUACUGUUACUCCCUUUGUGUCUAGCAACUCUGUGUGCUUGUUUUGCUCCACUGUAAGUGCUAGCCUACCCAAGCAACAAUCUUGUUAGUCAUGCUGAUUGCUUUAUCACGGAGAAGCUAUCUUCACACUUGUUGCCCUACAUGAUUAAAAAAGUCAAUAUGCACAGAGCCAGUUCUUGAAAUACCUUGCAGCAUUUCCGCGUGUGUACCAAAUGGAAUGUUCCAAAAGUGUCUGAACUGUGUGUAUUCCUCUUUAUAGAAGAGAUGAGAAUGAGUUGAAUGAGAAGUAUUCCUUGAAAGAAGACUUAAGUGUAAGUCUAAUAUGGACCAAGAAAAACAGUGCCUACCAAGAGAACUACAUAUACUUUUAUUUUGCUCAUGCACCACCAAAUUGAUCUUAAGUGAUACGUAGUGGAGAUCAAAUUCUGGGGAUCUGCUCUUUUGCCCUGUUAAGUCACAGUUUGAAACUUGAAGUCAGUGCACAAAAUGAGUUUGUUGCUGUGAUGUGGACUUUCACAAAUGCUCUCAUCUAGUUGCAGUUUUUCACAUGCCAAAGCUAAAAUACGAAUAUUUGAUGCAGUAUGGCUGUACUAUUAGAAGGUCAGUAAAAUCUGGUAAUGGAUUUCAUUCCCUUUCUGUCACAGACGAAAUUCUGUUCAAGCUCCUGGCUCAAAAAUUGUAUUUCAUCCUCUGUUUUCUCAAAAGGCCUUGUUUUGUAGCAUGACUAGGAAACUUUAGUUUCAUUUCUAUUAUAACUUUAUUUAAAUAGCAGAUCUCAAGGUACUAGCACUAAACUUAUAAAGAACAACUCUGUUUUCUUUCAACUCAAUUUUCAUUAAACUAAGCAAGGCAAGAUAUGGUCCUGUAAUAUCUUAUAAAACAGGUUCUUUGUUCUGUAGUCAAAAUCCUUUUAAGCCCUUACUUUCUUUUGGAAUGUAAAUGACCAGAAAAACAAGAUUUUUUGCAGGUAAGAGCUCCUCAAGUCAUGGAUUCAUAUAUCAUUUGUCGUUUUGUAUACACCGUUGGUACAUUGCAGUAGAACACUGUUGCAUUUCAUCCUUAGUAGUAUGACUCAGUUUUGUUCCCAGCACUUUCUUGACAGACAUGGCUUUUGCAUGCCAUAGUUCUUGCAUUCAAAAUACUUUUGCUGAGGAAUAUGAUGCAUUGUGUAAAAUAUUAGUAGGAUAUAACCAAUUCUCUUUUUAGUGUGAUAUUUUACUUUAUAUAAAACUAUUGCAAGUAAUAAGUAAUGUUUUAUUUAAAUGAUUAACUUUCUGCAGUGUCACUAAAAAAUGCAAUUUAAGUUC